AUGGCACUUGUUGAUUAUGGUAGCUCCGGGGAAUCAGGAUCGGAGCAAGAUGCACCACCGCAGCCAGCCUCAAAGCCGAAAACUUUUGCUUCAAAGCAUGGCUUCCAAAAACUCGUUGAUAGUUCAAACCCUCAGAAGAUCCGCGUCAACUUAGAACAGAAACAGGCCGCUGAAAAUAAGAGCACUGCAGACGAUGAGCGACCUUUGAAGAAAGCCAGAAUUGAAGGCGGUGGCCUCAAAGAUUUCAAUGCACUUUUGCCCUCACCGAAGCGGCCGGCGGACGCGAAGGGUUCCAUACGUGGUGGUCUUGGGAGAGGCGUAAGCCUUAAGACAGGGGCGACUCCAGGUUUUACAAGGGAACCUAUGCCUCAAAGAGACCCUGCACCAACCGACGAUGGGAGUGAUAAUUUCGAAGGUGACCCAGGAGCGCAAGAUUGGAGAGCCCUUGCAGAAGAUACAUCGAUCGGUACUGCACCUCAUACUACAUCGGCCGACCCGGCCCAAGCCCCUGUUAAGAAAGCGACAAUGUUCAAACCGUUAUCGGUGGCGCGAAAGCCUCAAAAGAAGAGACCUCUAGACAAGAGUAGCGAGCCCUCGAGGACGGUAGUAGCAAAUGUAGAUAAUGGCGAGGCGGCAAAACCUGCGCCAAAGAUCUCUUUAUUCUCUAGUCAAAACAUACCUUCAGACGGCUUUCGGACCGAUCCCAACAUGACAGUGAAGAAGGACUACCAGCCGAUGCUCUACCAAGUAUCGAGCCAGGACUAUCUUCCCUCGGCCGCGUCAUUACAUCCUGAAGAGAGCAAUACCAUCCACUCACCCGCACCUCCAGCCGAAACUAACGCACCCAUCCAAGAUCAAUCGCUCUCCUCCAUCGCCACAUCCCUCAACCUGACACCUUCCCAGACACGACAACUCCUCGGUCGUAACGCCACCAAAUCUUCCUCAGCCCAAGCCGUCAAAAUCACCAACGUCAAUAUAGACGAGGAGUAUGCAUCCAACGAGGCGCUCAGACAGGCAGGUGAGACAGUCCAGCAUAAUGCGGUGCGGCCAAUACAGGGAGGUGGCAAACACAGCUUGAAGCAGCUGGUAAAUUCUGCCGUGGGGCAGAAGGAGGCUUUGGAGGAGAAGUUUGCGGAAGGGAUAAAGAAUCGAAAGGAAGGAGCGGGGAAGUAUGGCUGGUAG